GUUUCAUCAACCAGUUUGAGUUUAGUGCUUCCGACGAAGCGAGUGGCGAUUUUCAGUUCAGUAAAGAUGGCCCGACUGAGUGUGACAAUUUUGGCCACCCUAAUUCUUUACCUUGCCUAUCAGACGCUGGCCAGUGAGGCCGUUCCGACGGGCAGUGGAAACCCGAAGCUGCUGAGCAGUAGUGUGGACACUUCGGAAAAUCUGCUAAGUGAUGAAAAUUUGAACAAACUUCAAACGGCGUGGUUCAAGAGCACUUACAAUCGAAGAUCGUCCCCGGUGGGUGGAAGUGAUGCAAGGGCAGCAGUGGCCACGUAUCCGGUGCUGAGGAGAACCGCACCGGCGGUUGCGGCGCCAAAUCCUAUGGGAUACUUUGCCGACAUUAGCCUGCUCGACGACGAAGACAUCCAGAAGCGGUUCGACGAUUACGGCCACAUGCGGUUCGGCAAGCGGGGCGGCGAGGGUGACCAGUUUGACGAUUACGGCCACAUGCGCUUUGGGCGGCGGUAAGUUGGUGCAAUUAUUCGUGGCGGCGGCGGCUGGUGACUUCUCUUCGUUUGGUCCGCGGUAAAGGUUGUAUUUGUAACAUAUUUGUGAAUAAAUUAGAGACAAUGUGCUGAACCAGAAUCACCUCAAAGUGUUGAAUCGAAAGAAAUGUCCUGCAAGGGAGCGUUCGGAUCAUAGAAUUACUCGUGCUUUUGGAUACAAAUUGCUUUUCAUUCGAAAAAAUAGACCACGGUCUACACGGUUGUACACAAUUCUCCACAAAAUAUUUGUUCCGAUAUGAAGAAUCACUUUUGUUAAAAAUUCGAUUUACUCUAAACAACGACGUUGUGUGAUGCAGAUCAAGUUGAUUCAAGUGGAGAUAUAAAUAUGAUUCUUUGUUUUUCUCGCGAUUCUUACGACAAUGACUCCCUAACGGCUAACGCGUAUCGACUAGAGUAAUAACGAGACGAUUUUGUGUUUGUGUGUUGCUUUUCUUCGAAAUUUUGUUAACUACUUGGAAGGCGCGCGCGUUCACUCAAAUGCGAUUCAACGAUUUUUGUUUUGUUUUAUUCCAUUCUAAUUAAUAAAGUUCAUACAAUUCCAAAGAGACAAAAAUCGGUGCCGAAGGAAAAAAUCGGCAACGCCUAACUUCGUGCCUUGCUUGCAAUAAAUAGUUUACUCUUACAAAGUAAUAUCACCUUUAGCGAAAAA